GGAUGAUUGCAACACAAAAGAGCAGGGGAAUAUGGGAGGCAGAAGAAAUUAAUCUUACCUUGAAAAUCUGCCUGCUUUACACGCAGAAGUGAACCGUCUGACUGCCCCACCUCACCUUCAGUGCAGGGCAGUGACGGGGCAGGAAGACGUAUUGCCUUCCAGGCCAAGCUGAGAAAAAGGAAUUUACUCAACCAGCCCGGGAAGGCUUUGAGAAACUCAUCUUUUAUCCGGUUUUCAAGAGCCUGAAACAAACUUCCCCCUGUGCUGCUCAGCCCACAGAGCACGGACUUGUUUCCCCGAUGCCUGGCCCCACCUGGCUGGGGGCUGUGCUCGUCCUUGGGGUACAGCUCCGAGCACUGUGGCCUGUUGCAGCCAUAGAAGUUUAUACUUCUAAGGAGGUGUAUGCUGUGAAUGGAACUAGCCUACGGCUCAAAUGCACCUUCUCCAGCAGCAGCCCUAUUAGCCCACUGCUGUCAGUGACCUGGAACUUCCAGCCCGAGGACCUAAGCUCUCAUGAGCCAGUAUUUUAUUAUCUCAAGGAGCCCUACACGCCGUCUGCUGGACGAUUUAAAGGGCGAAUCACUUGGGAUGGGCAUAUUGAGCGUCAUGAUGUUUCCAUCGUUAUCUGGGAUUUACAGCCCACUGACAAUGGAACAUUCACCUGCCAAGUGAAGAACCCACGAGACAUCGAUGGCACCAUUGGAGAAGUGCGACUCAGAGUUGUGCAGAAAGUGAAUUUCUCAGAAAUCCACUUCCUUGCCAUAGCCAUUGGGUCUGCAUGUGGUCUGAUGAUCAUUGUGGUGACACUUGUGAUUAUCUGUCGGCAUCGUCGGAAGAAACAGCAAGAGAAGAUGAUCGAGGUGGCAGACACUGAACUGUAAGCACAAAAGGGGAGAGGGAGAAAGGCUUCUGGGAAAGCUUGUCAAAUAUAUCUUCAUGGGCAUUCUGAAUCAUUGGCUUGGGUCCUAUAUUAAGCAUCUACAAUGCAAAACUGCCAACAUAAUUAGCAAUAAUUGGCUGCUUACUUGCAGUCAGAACAGAGCCCCAGGGACGAAUGAACUUUGGAGUCUUCAUUUUGCUCUUCUACUUUGAGGUGGCUCCUUACUCAGAGUAGAAGCCCAUACAAAUUCCUGUUAUAUACUAUGUAUGUUGUAUGUAGCUCAGAACCUCACUGCUGCUCAGGAUAUCUGAUGCUGAUUUUCUUUUUUUUUCCUUUUUUUAUUAUUGUUUUGUCACUUUUUUCAUAGCAGCAGAGAAAAGGAGAAGCUGAAGAAUAUUGGAGAGAAGGAAAUCACUCCAUUAGAAGACUAGAGGUCUCUGAUAGUAUAUACAAUGCAGGUAUCUAAUCAAACAUUCUCUAAUUAAUGUGUUGGUGUUACUGCAGACUUUCUAGACAGUUUUAUUUACGUAUUUCACAUCCAUUCUGCAGUCAGCAGGCCACAGUGGCCAUAAAUAUGAACAACUAAGACCACAGACACAUGUUGCUCUUGAGGAACCUUCAGAGGAAGACUGAAAACUGAAUAGGCGGUCGUGACAGAGCUUAACCUUAAUCUCUCUUAACCAUAAGAGGGAUUUCUCCACCUUAUUGCUGAGGAUCAUUGCAGGAAAGCAAUUAUUGCUGCUUUCCAUGUUGUGCUUGCUCUGUGGAGAGAGGAAUAAAUUCCCUUUCACUAGUUUUGAAUAUGCUUUUUGAUUCACUUAAUCUUUAAUUCCUUAUAAUCGCUACAGGAAGACUGAAACUCUUUCCAGAUUUGCUGGCCUUACUGAAAUAUUUCAGCCCAGUUUUUCCCCAUUCAAUUUCUGAGGUCAACAGAUGCUUCCCCCAUGUUUGUUUUCAACAAUAAUCAUGAGUAAUGAAUGUUUUGUUUUUCUUCCAAUCCUCCUUCUCAGGUACUUCUAAAGCAGAUGGUGAAAGCUUGUAAUUUUGGAUCUUAGAACAAAGCUGAAUUACAGACGCCUGAUGCUGGAAGUGUGGUAUCCCUGCUCAACCUGAAAUUCUUGCAAGAAAAGAGAGUGACCUUAACAUAAGUUGUAAAGUGUUAUUUCCUUCACUGAAGAACAACAGGAAGACCUUGCCCCACGAACAGGGAGCCGUCCUUAAUCUCCACAGCUGCCAAACGUGAACAAAUUGGUUGUGAGGAUGCAAUGUCAGCCGAUUUGAACCAAACGCCGAGAUGAGUGACUGGAUAGAUAUUUGCUGUGUCUGAGCAGGCACACGCUCGUGCACCUUAAAAAUUGAAAGGUACCUUUGUGCUGCCAGAUUAUUGUGUCUGGUGUCACCUAAAGGAAGACCAUUAGGUGAGGGAUCAGAGGAGCUGCUACAACGUACUUUAAGUCGCUUUGCUACUGUAAGUGGAAAGUGUUACAGAUAAGGAAUGUCUGCUGUUUCCUGUUAGGGAUAACUGGACCAGUGGGUGUGUUUUUCACGCCAGUAGGCUUUGUCCAUGGAAUAGCUGAGAAAACAUCCUCCCACUGGCACAGCACUGUUUCUCUGGAUGUUGCUUAAAGCCCCACAUAGCACCAGCACAUCUUACCCCUGUAAAUCCACCUGUUUAACACAUUCCCUGUAUUUUCAUCGAACCUCAAGCAAACGGAACCCCGGGUCACUAAAACCACUGAGCUAUUUGGGUGUUUAACCAACACUAAAUCAAAAUAUCAGCCUGUUUAUUCAAAGAGUAACUUUAUGGCUUUAUAACUCUUGAGUGUAACAUGCUGACCAAGUUAUCUGUUUGUACAGUUUUGUUUUCUAUCGUGUCCAUCAUAAAUAAACGCGGUUUGUGGGUAGAAGUG